AAGCCAUUAUCAGCAACACCGAUUCGUUUGUCUAUUUGUGAUUUGUUUAUAAUAAAAAAUAUAGAUCUUUAUUAUUCUGUUUCUGUAAUAGUUUAAUGUUUACACUAUCGAGUGCACCCACGUCUCACAGAAAUACAAAAUAGAUAUAUGUAAUCCAUCCUGUGGUGCAGUACCACACACCAUACAAAUCGUAAUAUAUAAUAUUAUGCAUAGGCUUUCUAGUCUUUAGUUAUAAUUGUAUACAUAAGAUUAGGUUAUUGAUUAAGAAGAUGAACCGCUUUUAAAUUCACAUUCGAUAUACUUCGUUAAUAACAUGCAAAAAUACGAAAAGCUAGAUAAGAUCGGAGAGGGCACUUACGGUACAGUGUUCAAAGCCAAAAACCGUGAAACUCUAGAGAUCGUUGCAUUGAAACGCGUGAGACUCGAUGAUGAUGAUGAGGGUGUUCCCUCGUCGGCUCUGCGUGAAAUAUGUUUGCUGAAGGAGUUGAAACACAAGAAUAUUGUACGACUUUAUGAUGUUCUUCAUAGUGAUAAAAAAUUGGUACUCGUCUUUGAACACUGCGAUCAAGACUUGAAAAAAUAUUUCGAUAGUUUGAACGGAGAAAUCGAUCCUAAUGUUGUGAAAUCAUUCAUGUACCAACUACUACGCGGAUUAGCAUUUUGCCAUAGUCAUAAUGUCUUACAUCGAGAUCUUAAACCACAGAAUCUUCUUAUAAAUAAGAACGGAGAAUUGAAACUAGCCGAUUUUGGUUUGGCUAGAGCGUUUGGAAUACCAGUUAAAUGUUACUCUGCAGAAGUUGUUACUUUAUGGUACAGGCCUCCUGACGUUCUAUUUGGUGCUAAACUUUACACGACGUCUAUUGAUAUGUGGUCUGCUGGAUGUAUAUUUGCUGAGUUAGCCAAUGCUGGAAGACCUUUAUUUCCUGGUUCAGAUGUAGAUGAUCAAUUGAAACGGAUAUUUAAACUUUUGGGAACACCUACUGACGAGACAUGGCCUAACAUGACAACUCUGCCUGACUUCAAGCCAAUGCCGAUGUAUCAGCCUAAUAUGACACUUGUACAGGUAGUACCCAAAUCAACAACGAAAAUGCGAGAUUUAUUACAAAGACUUCUGGUAUGCAAUCCAUCGCAUAGAAUAUCAGCAGAACAAGCAAUGAGUCAUAUAUACUUUGCAGACAUAAAUUUGUUACCAAAAUAAUCUAACAUUGCUUUUUACUUUGACAUUUUAAAUGCCAAACAAUAAACAUAAUUAAAUGUGCAAUACUGUGUUAACAGUAAAAAUAAAAAUGUAUUUCCAGGCUGUCAAUGUUAUGAAUCCAAUUCAAGUAUAUAAAUUGCCGUUAGGAAUUACCUUUGUUAACUUCUUAAGCCAUAGCUGGUUAGCUGGUUUUUACUCCAAUCUAUCCUUGACCUGUUCUCACCGGGUUUUGUUUUAUAAUUUUAAUGUAUUGAACAAAAUAUGUAUUCUUAAUAGUUAGGUUAGGUAUUUUGUUUGAUAUAUAAAAAUUUUAUCAACUCAUUUAUACUUAAUUGAUUUCUUAUUUUUUAAGUAUAAUUUAAUAGUUCUGUUUUUGAUUAAAUUAAAUUUACCAAUUUGUACAUUUUAGAUUAAUACAUUUUUUUUAUAUGUUACUAUCAGCAAUUAUAAUAAUUUUGGAAAAAAAUCACAGCAGUACUACAGUUCUGAGGAUGCGCCGAUUUUCAAACUUAUUUGGAAUAGAGUUUAUUAUAUCAAAUUUAUUUAUUGUAAAAUAACUAGUAUAUAUACUAGUGUAUUCCUUUUCGGAUCUCAAUAGUAUUAAAGUUUAAUUUAUUAUUUUGUCAUUUAAAAAAAUCAAUAGUAAUUAUUUUAUGUAACACAUUUAGUAUGAACUAAAAAAAUUAUGUUAAAAUUAUUAAAAUCAUAAUUACUGUUUUAUCAAUUUGUUGUUAUAUCAUAUAUGGAAGUAUAUUUUAUUUCUUUUACUUCUAUAACUAUUUAAAAAAAUAAUCUUCAAGUAAUUUCAAUAUAAUUUAUCACUUAAAUGUUAGGCAUAUAUAACAACAAAAAAAUGCAAUGCAGUCUUUCCUUGAUUAAAUAAAUAUUUUAAAUGUUUUAUAAAUAGCUCAAAAUUAUUAUCAUCGAACUCCUAAAAUGUAAUAAAGUCAGCUUAGAUUUAAAAACCAGGGUGAUUUAGGCAAAUAAGAGAGACAGUUUGGUACCUGUGUAUACAUAAUAGUAAAAAAACGGCUAAGUUCAUUUAACUAUUGUUCUAGAAUUUUCUGAAAAUCCCUGUUAUAAGCAUUAUAUUAUUUUGUGUUUUUUAAAAUCAAAAUAAUAUCAACUAAAUGAAACACAGCUAUAUUAUAAAAAAUGAUACAUAUUAUAUUAUAUGACAAAAUUAUUAAAAAUAAAUAUUAUGUAUAAGACAGAAAUACAUAAAUAUUACUAUCCUAGUUAAGUAAAUAAACUAUAAAAAUUGCUCACAUUAAAACUAUGCAUAUUUAUUAUAUACAGUUCAAAAAUUAAUAAUAUACAAUUAGAUGAAUCUGAAUGUAGAAACUUAAAUGUAACUUAUUUGGUUCAAAAAGUUUAAAAUAAUAAUAAUUCAAUACAAUAAAUUCUUAAGUAUUUUAAAAUUAUCUUGAUUAUGAGGUGCAUUAAUGAACAUUUAUUUAAUAUUAUAAUUAGACAGUGGCGUAGCCCCCUAAGCCACCCCUAUCCCUGUAAUAUUAAGAAAAUUUAAAAAUAAUUUUAAUGAUCUAUGAUAGUUGCUCAAAAAGUCUUUAAUUGUAUUUAUAAUAUUUGGCUGUUGAUAGCUCAUUUUCAUGUUAAACCCUGCUGUUCAAUUUUAUGAAGAAGAUUUACCAGGUUAUCAAGAUAUAAUUGAAGCGGAAUUUAAAUUAUUGCAGUCCAAGUGGGAAACAGUUGAGUCAAAAUUCAGACCUUUAAAUGCAAUCGAAACAUUAACAAACUGUGACAGAAAUGUUUCCAAACAUGUAUCAACUCCUAAAGUUAGUAUGAGUUCUACAUGUAUCAACUGCUACUGCAGAAAGGAGUUUUUUUUCUUUGAGAAGACUAAAAACCUACCUCAGAAAUUUAACUUCAGAGUCAAGAUAUGACAGACUCAUUUAAUUAUCUAUUCAUAGAGACAUUGACAUUUCAGAUGAUCAAAUAUUGGAUACAUUUGUUAACGGCAGAAAGGCUCGAAGAUUAAAAUUGUCACUUUAAAUUUUUGGUCAUUUAAUAAAAAAAUUAAUUUAAAAUGUUAAAAAGUAAUUAAAUAUUAUAAAUUAUUUUUAUUCAUCAUAUUAUAUUCAUGUUUAUUAAGUAGUUCAUGUUCUUUAAUUAUAUAAGAUUUUGAUGUAUUAUAUUAUGUCCUAUUAAAAAAAAAAUUCAUAACUAUUUUUAUUAUUUUUUUUUCUACAUGUUAAACUUAUGGUAGAACCUAGGUAAACCACCAGUGUAAAAGUUGAUUA